ACCGAGCAGGAGCGGGGGAGCAGAGGCGGUCAAAGGGACCGAGCAGAGCGGGACAGCAAAGGCAGUCGCAGAGAUAAAACCGAGCGGGACGGCAGAGACGGAUAUAGAGAGCGAACGGAACGGAGCGGCAGGGACGAAGACAGGGACCGACGAGGGACGAACGGCAGUGGAGGAGGCCGGAACCAGUCGGAGAAGGUGCGAGGACGAGGUAGCGUCCUGUCGCAGGAGGAGAUGGAUAGGAAGCGUCAAGAAAUGAUGGACAACGCCAAGCUCCGAGAUCAGCAGCGGGCAGACAACCUAGCCAGGUACGACAGCGAGCAGGCGCGGGAGCAGCAGGAGCACGAGAAGGGCAGCGGCGAGGCGUCGUUUGUGCGGGACCAGCUGCGCGCCGCCGCCGACCGGGGCACCGUCGAGCAGCGCAUCCGCUCCAACCGCUACAACAUCCAGCGCUCGGCCGCCGCCAUGGACCGCAGCUUCGUCAAGCGGUGACGGCCGGCCGGCACGAUCUCGGUGUUCCGAAGGCCAGGCGUGUCAUGUUUCUGAACUCGGCCCGCCCGCACUGCUGUCGCGCUGUGAGGGCCGUGGGCGGACACUCGACAGGCACCCACUCA